CCAACGGAUGGGAGAGAUCUGGUUGCAGCUGAGCAAGCACAAAGCAGCCAACUGCUACUCGUCGUCAUCUACGAUUUUUAUACAGCUACACUGUCCCCUUCCUCAGCUCUGUACCUGCCCGCCCGCAGCACUACAAACAGCCCUCAAAACCGUGAUCCAGAAGCUUUUAUAUCCCAAGGCGAGCCCUCUCCCGACUGCCUCCGCGACGAGACACGCGCAAAACGUCUCACCCUAGCGGCUGUUGUUUGCUGGGCCCGUCCGUCCCUCUCACCUGAUGAUAUUAUCCGCAUAGGCUACAUCAGCGUUCUGCUCCAAAUGAUGGCUCCAGUAGAAUAGGGAUUGAGAUCCAGAAGAAGUCACAGUCAUCAGAGCCCAGAAGGUCAAGACAGGCCAAGAAAAGCAGCUCAGGGUUCCAGUAAAGCAGAGUAGUCCAACUGGGAAUGCAUUUCAAAUUAUUGCAGUCAUGCUUCUCCAGCACUCAAGAUAUUUAUUAAAAAUUGCAGGCCUCCAUCUUCAAAAUUCCCAAGUUCAUCAGCGUUUGAAAAUCAUUAUAAAAUGUAUGAGCACUAGUACAACUCCUCAUGGCCGAAGGAGAGUGGUUGUCACGGGUAUAGGAUUAGUAUCUCCUCUUGGCCUUGGAACCCAACUAGUGUGGAACAGACUUCUGCAGGGAAAUUGUGGGGUUGUUGCUCUUGAAGGGGAGGAAUACUCCACUGUUCCAUGUAAAGUGGCUGCUUGUGUACCAAAGGGAAUUGGUGAAGGCCAUUUCCAUGGCGAAAGCUUUGUGUCAAAAUCAGAGAGCAAAGCCAUGUCUUCUGCUACCAUCAUGGCCAUAGGUGCUGCUGAUCUGGCUUUAAAAGACUCUGGCUGGCAUCCACAAUCUGAGCUGGAUCGUUUAAGGGCUGGUGUGGCAAUAGGCAUGGGAAUGGUUCCACUGGAAGAUAUUUCUGAUACAGCCUUGAUGUUCAAGACAAAGGGUUACAGCAAAGUCAGCCCGUUCUUUGUUCCGAGGAUCUUGAUCAAUAUGGCGGCGGGUCAUGUUAGUAUCAAAUACCAGUUGAAAGGACCCAAUCAUGCUGUAUCGACUGCUUGUACUACAGGAGCACAUGCUGUCGGAGACUCCUUUCGAUUUGUAGCCUACGGUGAUGCGGAUGUGAUGCUGGCUGGAGGAACGGAAGCUUGCAUUAGCCCAUUGUCUCUCGCUGGGUUCGCUAGAGCUCGGGCUUUGAGUACUAGCUUUAACUCAAGCCCCAAUCUAGCUUGCCGGCCAUUCCAUUCCCUGAGAGAAGGAUUUGUCAUGGGAGAAGGUGCUGCCGUUUUGGUUUUGGAAGAAUAUGAGCAUGCUGUACAGAGAGGAGCUAAACUGUAUGCAGAAAUUUUAGGCUAUGGACUCUCGGGCGACGCUUGCCAUAUAACAGCACCUAAUCCAAAUGGAGAUGGCGCCUUCAGAUGCAUGUCUGCAGCAAUAAAAGAUUCUGGAAUUUGCCCUGAAGAUAUAACAUAUAUCAACGCUCAUGCCACCUCCACUCCACUAGGAGACGCUGCAGAGAAUCAAGCUAUUAAAGGACUCUUUAAAGAACAUGCAUAUUCUCUUGCAGUUUCCUCAACAAAGGGAGCAACAGGCCACCUCUUGGGUGCUGCAGGAGCUAUUGAGGCAGCUUUUACUGCUUUGGCUUGUUACCAUGGCAUUUUACCACCUACACUAAAUCUGGAUAAGACAGAGCCACCAUUUGACCUCAACUAUGUUCCACUAGUACCCCAAGAAUGGAGAAGUGAAAAACGUCGUGUUGCUCUCAGUAAUUCUUUUGGCUUUGGUGGGACUAAUGCAACUCUGUGUUUUGCUAAAAUUUAGCUUCACAAUCUGUAUGCAAGUACUCUAAGGGCACAAUCCUAUCCAUGUUUAGUCUGAAAAAUGUCGUACAGCUCCCCGCAUUCCCCAGCCAGCAUAUUGGUUGGGGAAUGCUGGGAGUUAUAGGACCUUUUUCUGUCUAAAUACGGAUAGGAUUGUGUCUUAAGUUGACAUACUAAUAGCCAGAAAAAUGCAUAUCAAUGCAAACCUCUGUGUCUAAUUUUCUUCAUUCUCAUUAGUGUUUCUGAUUUCUUUUUGCAAGUGGUGAGUUAUUCUUGGGCAAGUUGCGCUUUCAGAUUAAAUCAAGAUGCUGAAUUCCCAGAUGCUCUUUAUUCCACUGGAUCAAUAUUUUACUCCACAGACCCUUUUGCCCAAUGAAAUUUAGUUUUUAACCUCUAAGUGUGUAAUAGAACUUUUUGUGCACUCAGCAUAUACCCACCCUUCAUUGGGCAAGUAUACCUCUGGGUUUCUUUAACCAGCACAGUUGUGCCCCAUUGUCCAUGUAAAUCGUAACCGAGGAUGUACAGGCCUUCUCUUCUUCCAGAAUGAUCUCCUAUCGAACACAGUCAUUUCCGCCCUUCACUGUUCUCGCCUUGUAUUACCGCUCUAGUUUUGUCAGCAAUGGUAAAAGAACAAUAACAACAUUCUUGACAAAUUUAAGCUUGAAAAUGCUGUAGUAGGAGCAUGUCUCAAUGAAAUGGCAAGGUAAUUUAUUUCAGCCAUUCUAUGCUAGUGUAUCUAAUCUGCAAAGGAUAUUUCCCUAAAAGCCAUGUUCGCACAUCAAAGAAAUACAUGUAAGUCAUGCUUUUCCCAGAAAACCCACCUUCAUUAAAAACAGCAUAAUAUAGUUAACAUUUUCAAUUGAAAGUGUUUUUCUGACACAUACUUGCUCUUUCAAUGUUAGUGACAGUCCAAUGGAAUUGUUGGUAUUUGCAUUCAAGUAAUGCCUCUUUGGUUAGGCAGAAUGAUCAGAUAUUGUGUUAAUAUGUAGUUACCUGGAAUCAAAACCCUAAAAUGUUCUUUCUGUUGAGUGAAAUACAUGAAAAUGUGGCAAGUAAAUUCUAAGGGCACGUCUAUUAACAGCUACUUUCUAAGUCAGGACAGUUCCUGUGUGGAUAGUGUCAUUACAUAGUUUAGUCACUAGGUAGCACUACUUAUUUGUAUCUGGGUGGAGUCAUGAGUUUACAGUUGUUCUGCCUUGUCUGAA